GAAAGUUUGAUUCUUAAAUAGUGACCUCUUAUCUCCACAACUCACAAACAUCAUUUUUUCCACUAUUCUUGUGUUCUCUUCUCUUCUCUGAUCUUCUUCUCUCCCACAGUUAGCUCAGAAGAACUCAUCCAAAAUGGUUAUCUCAUCAACUGUCAAACAUCCAGAUGAACAUAGUGAAAGCAUAGACUGUACUUUUGCUUCUAGAUACGUGCGUGAAGCAGUUCCAAAGUUCAAGCUGUCAGAGAGUUCUAUACCAAAAGAUGCAGCAUAUCAGAUAAUAAACGAUGAGUUGAUGUUAGAUGGGAAACCAAGGCUUAACUUGGCUUCAUUUGUCACUACUUGGAUGGAACCUGAGUGUGAUAAACUCAUCAUGGAUUCGCUUAACAAGAACUAUGUUGACAUGGAUGAGUAUCCUGUCACCACUGAGCUUCAGGUCUGUUUAGCUUUAACAUGAUGAUAUAGUUUUUCA